UUCUUCUUUAAUUACCCCCCUGUUUGCGGUGUCUGCUGCGAACUUCCCGUCCCCUCCCUCCGCUUUCAUCCGCCGGAUCCUGGGACCGGAGCCGGCUCCUGUGGAGCGGCGGGGCCGCGGCUCUGCCUCCAAGGGUUAAAAUCACCGGGCCGGGGGUGGAGCUGGGCGGGGGGGCGGAGGGAAGAGCCGCCGGCCGGGCUGGGACCCGGCCAUUCCUGCUCGCCCGGCCCAGUGGGUGCCCCGUCCCUGGGGAGCCGCGCGGGUCCCUCGGGGUCCCCUCGGGAAGCAGCGCCCGCUCGCCGCCCAUGAGGACGGAGCCGCCGCCCGGACCGAGCCGCCGCUAGAGCCGUAGGUCUGUGCGCGCCGCCGCCCCGCGAUGCUGACGGCGGUUUGCGGCUCCCUGGGAUCGCAGCCCUCGGACGCGCCCCGCUCCUCCCCGACCCACCUGGACCUGCAGCCGCUGCAGCCCUUCCAACCGCACGGCCCCGCCGCUCCCGGGGCCCCCGAGUUCGCCUCGCCGCUGCCGCCGCCGGAGCUGCCGCUGCCGGGCCCCGACGACGCCGCUUUCGCCGCUCCCGGCGCCUACGAGCCCCAUGGCCCGCCGAGGUUAGAGCUGUCCCCCGACGGCCCCACCGGAGCCUACGCCAAGCUGCUGCCGGCCGCCCCGGACAUGGCGCACCCCUACGAGCCCUGGUUCCGGCCCCCGCACCCCGGAGCCCCCGGCGAGGAGAGCGGCGGCGUCAAUUGGUGGGAGCUCCACGCCGGAGCGAGCUGGAUGGAGCUGCCCCCCGGGCAAGGCGGGGGCGCGCUGCAGGUGCCCGCGCACCCCGGGCUGCCCGCGGCUCUGGGCGGCUACGGCGGGGGCGAGCACCAGCUCUGCGCGCCCCCGGCCCAUCUGCUGCCCCCGCCCGCGCAGCAUCUGCUGACGGCCGAGGGGGUGAAGGCUCUGGAGGGGCCCCCCGAGCCCCGCGGGCCCGAGGCGGAGGGCGGCGGGCGGCCCAAGGGGAACCGGCGGGCCGUG